AAUACAACAAAAAUGUCUGCCCACUGAUUACUAUAAAGUUUUGUGUAUUUAUGUUUGAAAUAGAAAAUUCCCAAAAUGUUUUUAGUGUUGCCAAUUAAGUAGUGCGGAAAUCGAAAAUUGCGACUUUCAGAAUGUAGAAUUCGGUACGAAUAGCGCCAGUCUAGCAUAAGAAAUCCCCAAUUUCCUGUUUGGACAAUGUAUUUUUAGCACACACAUUUUUCAUUGAACAAAUUCGUAGUUGUACAAAGAAAAUUUCUCAAAAAGUCUAUUUUAACCUUGAUAAUCUUUAAAUAUUAAUUGCAUUAAUAGCAAAAAUUUGAAUUAUCAAUUAUUUUUUGGUAAUAUUUGGCUAGAAUGGAUUCUGUAGGAGAAUACGAAUAUGCCCCUAAAGAUAUUUUGGGGCAUGGUGCUUUCGCUGUUGUAUUUAAAGGAAGAAACAAAAAGAAUCCCAAUUUUACUGUAGCUAUCAAAAGUAUAGCUAAAAAGAACCUGGCCAAAUCGCAAAACUUGCUGGGAAAGGAAAUUAAAAUUUUAAAGGAGUUGACUGAGCUGCAUCACGAACAUGUCGUUGCGCUUUUGGACUGCAAGGAGACAACGAACCAUGUAUUCCUCGUUAUGGAGUACUGCAACGGUGGCGAUUUGGCCGACUACCUAUCCGCCAAAGGCAGUCUCAGCGAGGACACCAUCCGACUUUUCCUCAACCAAUUAGCUGGAGCAAUGAAAGCCCUAUACGCCAAAGGCAUCGUACAUAGAGAUCUCAAACCGCAAAACAUACUGCUGUCGCACGUUGGAUCUAAAAUACAUCCUCAACCGACAGAGAUCAAAUUGAAAAUAGCUGAUUUUGGUUUCGCCAGAUUUCUACAAGAUGGCGUUAUGGCAGCUACCCUAUGCGGCAGUCCAAUGUAUAUGGCACCAGAAGUGAUAAUGUCAUUGCAAUAUGAUGCCAAAGCUGACUUAUGGAGCUUGGGUACCAUAGUCUUUCAAUGCCUAACAGGCAAAGCCCCAUUUCAAGCCAGAAGUCCUCAAGAGUUGAAGUCGUUUUAUGAAAAAAAUGCUAAUUUAGCACCAAAGAUUCCUUCAAGUACUUCUGCAGAACUAUGCGAUUUGCUUAUGGGUCUUUUGAAGCGAAACGCCAAAGAACGUAUGAACUUUGAGAUAUUUUUCAGUCAUAAAUUUUUGCAAAGGGAUCCAGUGCCACCAAAUUCCAAUACCGUGCAAGGCGAAUUACCCAUGGCCAUCUACGGUUCUUCACCGAUGGCCAAAAUCGCCCUGAAACCUUCAACACCCAUAAGAAUUGCGACUCCGCCUCGCUCACAACCUGAAUCGCCGCGUUCUGCAAGAACGGCUCUGAGUUCGAGUCCUGAGGACGAUUAUGUUAUAGUUCCGCCGAAUGUGCAAUCCAUCGGGUCCAAUCAGUCUAUUGAUACGAGCUCGGAAAGGGAAAGAGCAGCUAAUAACAAUGUGAGCUUAAGAUUGCCUGUUAGAGCUGCAGUGCGCACACCUGACGAACCGACACCAAACAGCCCUACAAGGCCCAAUUUCUUACCGAUAUCUGAGCCCAUUCCUGUUCCAACUCAACGCGCUGCCUUCCAGAAAAUGCACAGCCAACGAGAGGCUAAAAAGAAUGGCGAAGAACACCCACCAACUUCACCUGUAGAAAUUUCCUCUGUCAAAAAUGGUUCGGUGCCUAGAUCGCAACCCAUUACCAUGAAGAGGCCACCAGACAGACAAUUGAGCACUGAUAUUGAUAUUGCCUCUUUAUCGCCUCCAUCAGUUCAAUUUGUUAUUGGAACGCCUCCUGGUGGUGGCAGAAGAAGAUCCACUUCUAGUUCUUUGUGCGAAACACCUCCGCCUCCUAAUUUAUGGACAGUGAGCCCUACUAGUGCUAAUAAAAAUAUGCCCCUGAAUUCACCCCUGAGAAGAUCAGGCACGUCGCCUCCAAUUUUGAGUGGUCCUUUGGCACGAGUACCGAUAUUGAGCAGCCCGAAUUUGAGCGACAACAACAAUUUGGGUCGUUCUCCGGUCAUACCGUUUUGCACUAGAGCCGUUACUCUACCCGAAAUCUCCGAAAUGGGUAACUAUCAUCAGUUCUUCCAAAAUACUGAAAAUGCCGCUAGUAACUGUGACGCUCAACCUAUCGGGUUUGCACCGGAACUGCCAGAGGAAACCUUAUUAGAGAAAGAACACAACGAAACUCUAGCCAAAAUCAACUUUGUGUUGGCGCUGAGUACUUGCGUAAUCGAAUUAGCGUCUCAAAGAGCAGCGCCGAUCAGCGCUUUGGUGAAUAGGACUUCGUCGAAUGCUACAGGCCCGCCAGCUACGGAAGUGGAACGUCGUACCGAGCAAAUGGUGCUACUGGUGAGGGCGCUGCAGUUGCUGAGCAGCGGCUUGGCUUUGGCUACUAAGCAGCUAAAGAGCGGACAGCUGAGGCCGAGUACUACAGUGAAAAACGUUAUGUCAACCCUCAACACCAAAUUCCGUUCCACUCUAAUGGAAUGCAAACAACUGAGCAGCUCUGGCCUGUUAAAUAAAAUCGGAACCACCGACAUCACAGCCGACAAAAUUAUCUAUAACCAUGCGAUUCAAAUGUGUCAAACCGCAGCCCUUGACGAACUCUUCGGCAACCCCGAAGAAUGCUUCCAGAGGUACCAAACUGCCCAAAUUUUACUUCACAGUCUAUCGCAGCAAGUACACAAUCCUCAAGAUAGAAUGCUUCUUACCAAAUAUAAAGACGCAGUAGAAAAACGUUUGUACGUGCUUCAACAGCAAGGCUACAUAUUUGCCACUGAUUUACACUAAAAAACAUCGUAUGUUUGUAUAUGUAUUUGAAAAACAAUUUUUCUUUUUAGUUGCAAUAUUAACUUUAUUUGUUUAAUUUUUCUUAGUUUACUAAUAACUAAAUGGUGUAAAGAUUUAUAAUGUAGGGUGAAAAAUUUCAAUUAUUGGUCUUGCAAAACAAAAAAUUAUCUCCAUAUCAUAUAUAAGUUUUAAUUUCCAUUAAUUUGAUUAAAUCUCUGUAAUAGUGAUAUUUAGCUUUUAAUUGUAUGUAAAAAAAAACACAGAUAUUGACGAUAAUAUAACAUAUAACAAGUUUUUAGUUUUUGACUGGCAGCAUUAUAGUGAUGACUUUGGUGACCAAGUAAUCAUCCAAAGAAUCAGCACCUCUGAAAUAAAUUAUUUGUAUUGUUAUCGAGGAUUUUGUAAUUUAAUUACUUACAAAUCUUUGCCAAAUCCUGACUUUUUGAACCCUCCAAAUGGUG